AUGUUUACUGCCAUAGAAAGAGACGUUUCCAAAGCCCUUCCCAAUCCAAAACCUCCAACUGCACAAAGUGUUAGACAAUUACCAACAACUCCUAUAUGUAGAACCAUCUUGGAUUAUGUCAAGAAAGAAUUGAGCUUGCCCGUUUUGAAUCAUUCUUUGAGGGUCUAUCAAUACAGUUUGGCCAUUAUUAAAGAUCAAUUCGAUUGGGAUUUAAGUGAAGAAGCUGUCUUCAUAACAUGUCUAUUACAUGAUCUUGCUGCUACCGAUGGUAAUAUUGCUUCGACCAAGAUGUCCUUCGAAUUUUACGGGGGUAUUUUAUCACAUGACUUAAUCAUGAAAUAUUCCAAUGAUAAAGAUUUGGCUGAAGCUGUUUGUGAAGCAAUUAUCAGACAUCAAGAUUUAGGAGAGUCCGGAAUGAUUACCACGUUGGGUUUGAUUUUACAGAUUCUGACUAUUCUCGAUAAUGUUGGAUUGCACAUGCACUUGAUCCAUGAAAGUACUUUGAAAGAGGUUAACACCAAAUAUUCCAGAGACGGAUGGUUAGGAUGUUUCAGCGACACUAUCAAGCUCGAGACUCAAACUAAGCCAUGGUGUCACACCACUUCAAUUGAAAACUUCAGUGAAAAGGUUUUAAGUAAUAAGGCCAAAUAUUAG